AUGCCUGGCCGGCGUUCUGGACAUUCUCGCCCAGCAUCCUGCCCUGCCCGGCCAGGCCAGACCUCUCCGUGGGAGCGACCACCAGGUGUCUCUCCCAGAGAGGUCUGUCUUGAGGUGUAUGGUGCAGGUACACCCCAAGUCAAGCCAAUCCGCCGGCCUGCCCAACGAGCCAAUCCCCGGCGGGUCUGCAGGCCCAACCCCAAAGACCCUAGUGCUCAAGAGUCAGAGAGCAUCACCUUCAUCUCGGGCUCUGCCGAGGCCCCCCUGAACACCACAACAUGCUGCCUUGCCUGGCCCUGGGUCUGGAACUUAUGCAAGGCUGCAUUUUGUUUCCGCUGUUGCCGGGCCUGCUAUCAGCGCUGUGGGGGUUGUAUGUGCAGCUGUGAGACCUGCUUGCCCUCCUUGGGCCCUCCAGAGAACUUUCCUGAUGAGGGCUGGGGCAAGGAACACAAUGGUGGCCCGCCCCCCAACAGCCCGACCAUUGUUUCUUCCAGCCAGCGGGACAGAGAGAGGUCCAAGUCGUUCAUGGGCAGCAGCUUCAGCUACCCUGAUGUCAAGCUGAAGGGAAUCCCCGUGUACCCAUAUCGGGGUGUGCCAGCCUACCCCCCGGACACCGACUCUUGUUAUAAGGAGCCUCUGGCCGAGCAGCGGCCCCGAGACAGCCUGCCUGGGACCGUAGGUGGGAGCCUACGGAGCUCAGAAGAGUACUACUCCUUCCACGACUCUGACCUCGACCUCCCUGAGCUGAGCAGUGGCUCCAUGAGCAGCCGGGAGAUCGACCUUCUCAUCUUUAAGAAGCUGACAGAGCUGUUCAGCAUGCAUCAGAUCGAUGAGCUAGCCAAGUGCACUUUGGACACAGUGUUCCUGGAGAAGACGAACAAGAUCUCCGACCUCAUCAGCAGCAUCACCCAGGACUACCACCUGGAUGAGCAGGACGCUGAGUGCCGCCUGGUCCGAGGCAUCAUCCGCAUCAGCACCCGCAAGAGCCGCAACCGCCCCACCACCACCUCGGAGAACCGCCUGAGCUGGGGCCCCGCCCCUGACAGUGGCACUGACACCAUGGUGGCCUCGGUGCUCAGCCAGGAUGAGCUGACUGUGCAGAUCUCCCAGGAAACAACAUCAGAUGCCAUCGCCGGGAAACUGCGGCCCCAUGGAGCUCCAGGUUAUCCGCCAAGCCAUGAUUCUUCCUUCCAGGGAACUGAGACAGACUCCUCAGGGGCACCCCUGCUCCAAGUGUACUGCUAGCCCCUACCCCAGCCCU